CUUCCGACUAUUGGAUGGACUUAUCAUUCGUCAGCCAACAUUUCUCUUUUUGAAGUCAAUAGUCAUCUAAGGUCAGUUAUAUUACGUUGCAGUGUGGAGUAUGAAAGUCGUUGUGUGAGAAGAAAAGAUCUGUUGGAGACAUUAGCUAAUGAACUGCCUCAAGGCGCGAUUAGAUAUUCUUCCAAAGUCGAUUCCAUUGAAGAAUCUGGACCAUUGAAAUUGGUACAUCUUCCAGAUGGUUCCACUAUUAGAACCAAGGCCUUAAUUGGGUGUGACGGAGUCAAUUCUGUGGUGGCAAACUGGCUUGGGCUUCAGAAACCUGUCUAUUCUGGGCGCUCUGCAAUUAGCGGCUUUGUUGAGUAUCCGGAAAAACAUGGUUAUCAGCCUAAGUUCCACGCGUAUUUUGGAGGUGGAGUUCUGUUUGGAUUUCUUCCUAGUGAUGAGAAGAGUUUGUACUGGUUUUGCACAUUCACACCAUCUGUUGUUCAUUGUAAGCCAGCACCUACAUACUGUUUCUUUUGAAGAUUUACUUUUCGA